CCGGGUUUCAGCAGUCUGGUCCAGAUCCUCCGCUCCUCCUCAGCUCAACACACACAUCCAUUGUACACAAACGGGGCAGGCGGCUCAUGCAUACACACGCACUCACACACAUACAGACACAUCCACACACACACAUCUACGCACACACGCUCAGCAUCGAUCGUGGCUCCUUUAAGAAAGCCUAAGCCAGAAUUAUCACCCCACCUCCUCUUGAUCUCCUCUAGACGCUUUUGCAUAAGAAAAUCAAGCCGGGAGCCGAGAGUGAUCAAAGAAAAACGAGAGGAGAGCUGCUUCAUUUUUUAACUCUGAUUGUGACUAUUAACGUUUAGGUGGUGCCGAGCCCGUGGAGACGCGCGUCGGACCAUCAUUCAUCCGGUGCUUUUGACAAGCCCUCGCGUUUUGACUGACAGGCGGAGUGGCAAAAAGCCAUGAGAGUCGCCACUUUUGUUUGAGGGGCUGUUUUAUUUUCAUCCUGGUUUUAGGAGAGGAGCCUGGCGCCGCUGCCCCGAGGAGAGGACAGCCGAGGACCUUCUCGCCGCGUCUGGGCUUAAACUUGCGCAGAGAGCGGGGGCUGGCUGCACAGUUCCGUGGAAAGAAAAAGGCAUACGGGAUUUUGGCUGAAACAUCUUCCAGUUUAUUUGGAUUUUCUUUCUUCAUUUCGUCUCCACCCUGGCCUCUGAGGGGAUUUAUCUAAAGUGAAAGGACGACCAGGGAGUCAGGAGGGUUAUGGCGCAACGGUACGAAGACUUGCCCCACUACGGGAUGGACGGGGUGGGCAUCCCGACCACCAUGUACGGAGACCCGCACGGCGCCCGUUCCAUGCAGGCGGUGCACCUCAACCACGGGCCCCCGCUGCACUCGCACCAAUACCCGCACACCGCCCACACCAACACCAUGCCCCCAAGUAUGGGCUCCUCCGUCAACGACGUUCUCAAGAGAGAUAAAGACGCGAUAUACGGGCACCCCCUGUUCCCCUUGCUUGCACUGAUUUUUGAGAAAUGUGAAUUAGCGACGUGCACCCCCAGAGAGCCCGGGGUGGCGGGAGGAGACGUCUGUUCAUCGGAAUCUUUCAAUGAAGACAUAGCAGUGUUUGCAAAACAGAUUCGGGCAGAAAAACCUUUAUUUUCAUCGAAUCCAGAAUUGGAUAAUCUGAUGAUUCAAGCCAUUCAAGUUUUACGAUUUCAUCUUCUGGAGUUGGAGAAGGUGCACGAGCUGUGUGAUAAUUUCUGUCACCGGUACAUCAGCUGCUUGAAAGGCAAGAUGCCCAUCGACCUGGUCAUAGACGACAGAGAGGGAGGAUCCAAAUCAGACAGCGAAGAGAUCACGAGAUCAUCGGUGGCCCUUGAUCAGACGUCCUGGAACAGAGAUCACGAUGACACAGCGUCCACGCGCUCUGGAGGAACGCCGGGGCCGUCCAGCGGAGGACACACAUCACACAGCGGCGACAACAGCAGCGAACAGGGUGAUGGCCUGGACAACAGCGUAGCCUCGCCGAGCACGGGGGACGACGAUGACCCGGAUAAAGAAAAGAAGCGCAACAAGAAGAGAGGAAUCUUCCCUAAGGUGGCCACCAAUAUCAUGAGAGCGUGGCUCUUCCAGCACCUAACACAUCCCUACCCAUCAGAAGAACAGAAGAAACAGCUGGCACAAGAUACAGGCCUCACCAUCCUACAAGUGAACAACUGGUUCAUCAACGCCAGGAGGAGAAUAGUGCAGCCCAUGAUCGACCAGUCAAACCGUGCAGUAAGUCAAGGAGCUCCCUACAAUCCAGAUGGCCAGCCGAUGGGGGGCUUCGUCAUGGACGGCCAGCAGCACAUGGGAAUCAGACCACCUGGACCCAUGGGUGGCAUGGGCAUGAACAUGGGCAUGGAAGGUCAGUGGCACUACAUGUAGCCCUGCCCCAGUCCGACCGGUCGCAACACACAAAGGAGGAUAACCGCAGGGCAAACCAGAGCAUCAUGGGUCUCACAGAGGCCUACACGGCACGGCAACAGGACUUCUCGACUUCCUGAUGACAACAGCUACCACCUCUGUCCGCCUUCAAGACCCAACGUUUUCUUUGACUGACAUCUGCAACGUGGAAACUUUCCAUGACUGCCUUCUUUACUUUUUCUAUGUAUCCAGUGCUGGCGAUGCACGGAAGAUCCAGCCUCGUCCAAUCCAGAUGACCCCCUGUCCCGACAGACCCCCUGCUUCUACUCUGGUUUGGCACUAGACUCCGCCGUCUUGCCUCUGCCCAAUAGGAUCACAGGGAUUCCUCCAUUAAAAGUGAUUGCGAUUGAAAGCAUUGAUGACACACAAGAGACACACUGUGUUCUUUGCCUGUACCUUCGGUGAAUGCACAGCUGGUGAUAUAUUCUAGACUCUUUGGAAAACAAAAGAGACUUCCUGUGAAGAGCAAUUCGCUCUUUGGGAUGAUGGAAUUGGACCAAGGAGAAGCCAAUGUCUGUAUCUGACAGGACACUCACAAAGCAAAAGAGGUGCCCUUUAAAAAAAUAUAGCGGAUUGAAACAUGAAAGGAGGGGUGGCAAGACAAAAGAAAUUAAAAGUAUAACUUUAUCAACCCUGGUUUGAGAAGUGAGUGGAGAAAAAAAUAUACUGUAUACUGUUGUAAAAUUACGCUGGACUCUCACAAGAACUGGGAAUUUAAGUAUUGUAAAUUCUAUUGUAUUGUUCUGCAUAUUAUGUUGUUUCUAAUAGAUUUUUUUAAAAAAGGAUGUGAACUUUUUCUCUUUUUUCUCAUUUCUUUCCACACUAUGUGUGUGCAGUCUCUCCAUUCAAUUUGACCUCUUGCCCCUCCCUCCAUUGAAUCACAAUGCAUUUUUUUAAAAGAAAAAAAAAGUGAAUAAACGGACAAUUUCGAUCAGUCUGUCAUUUUCGCAGGCCUUUAUUUGAUUGGUAAGAGUUUGAUAGCGAUACAUAUGCACUGUUGUUUUACAUACAGUACACACAAUCCAUCCACAACAUACCAGGGUGCAGCUAACUUGUGUCACUGUUGCGGUGUCUUCACCUUUUUUUGGUGAUUUUUCUUUGCAGCUUUUCACAUCAGAUUCAGUUGAAUAUGUGUUACUCUAUUGGUGGGAAGUUUUUUCUUUUUUGGUAUAACAAAAUCAUGAAAUACUCAACUCAUUGAAUUAACUCCAAAAACAAUAAAAUCAAGCUUAACACUGUUUCUGAGGAGCUAACAACACUGGUUGUUAAGGUUUGUUUUUUUAUCCAAUUGUUCAAUUUCACCUUUUAUCCAUGACAGACACAUAAUAUAGGUCAAUGUGGCUGAAAAGCAGGCUAACAGACAUGAUAAAAGAGCUCUUUAAACAAUCUAAAGAAAUCACUGUAGAUCAGAUACCACAACAACGUGUCCCACAAACAUGUUUCCUCUGUUUCCUCUCCAUGCAAGUCUGUGAUUAAGGGCCUCUGAGUCUAUAAAGUGUCCUAUUGAUGUGUUUUAUGUCACAAGGCCGAGGACUAACAUGGCCAGUGGAUUCUCUUCCCCCUCUGUGUUUGAUGGAGUCUGAUUACAGGUAGAGGCAGAGGCAACAGGAAAACACAAUUUAUACUACAAUCCAUUCAUUUUUGAGUUAACCAGAUGAUGUAAUGCUGAUUAGCAGACAGGAGAGAAUGUAAAAGUCACUGUGUGUGUGUGUGUGUGUGUGUGUGUGUGCGUGCGUGCGUGGUGUGUGCGAAGGGGGAUGAGUGUGUGUGCAUAUGUGCUUGAGUGGGUUAUCAAUGCAUUCAUUAUCCAUAGCUUCAAACAUGUAUUACGCACAUCUUUAAGAUUCCUUUGAAGACAAGUCAUGUUUCUUAUGCUUUUCCUUUGAAGGGUAUAUAUGUACAUCUGUGUUGUAAAUAAAUACUUUUUUUGUUCAAAUAACAGAA